AUGGGCUCUGAUGAUGAUAGGAAACCUCGCAGUCAAUCUGUCAAGAGAUCUAGAUCGUUAACCGGAUCAUUGAAGGGCAUUUUCAAAGGUAGUAGCUGGGCAGCCAGCAGUGCCAGCAAUCAGACGUUGGCCCCAGGUACUCCACAUGAAGUUCCUCCAGCGGUGGUGAAGAAGAACAGCAGCAGAUUGGGGAACAUUGCGACGAGCAAGGAGGCAGAGCUGAGUAGCAGCAGGGGAGCUCCGGUACAGGCCCCCAGGUCUCCUUUGCAGGCACCCGUCGGACGCCACGGUAUUCCAAGCCUGGCGAAACUUUCGCUACUACAGAGUGCUCAUGCUUCUGACAGCGAUCGUGUUUCCCGGCGUUCAAGCCCCAAUGAGGAGGAAACAUCGUUCAGAGCAGAGCGAUCAUCUUCAGAGAGAGGUAGCGAUGAUGAGACGAGGAGCUAUGUUGCCGCUCAGGAUGCUGAACAGGGCGAUAGCAUGCUGAUCGAUUCCGUGUUAGAGAACGGCGAGCAACCCGCGAAGGGAGAAACAAAUGCGAAUUUUCCACCACAUCAAAGCCGUGGUCGGGCGAAUAGCUGUGUGUCGAACUCUUUGAGGAGGAUUGGAUCCUCCUCAUCGUCGUCGUCCUCUUCAAAUAAAGCUUAUGCUGCAGGUAGGACUCGUGCUGAUACGGUUAGCGCUUCAAGUCUGCCUCGCUUCUCCGAAAUGGAGUCAAAGUGCAUUUUGCAAGUCGAUAACUUCAAAGUUUUUGAAAGUGGUCUUCAUGAACACUGCCUUAAGGUCACGUCACUGGUAGCAGAUUCGAAUGAUGGCUCCGAAGGCUUGACGAAACAGAAGUCCGGUUUCUCGUUAUCAGGAAUCUUCAAACCUCACAAAGAGGACAACCAGCUGGACAAUGCCCUAUCUCUCAUACCGUCGACUACUUGGUCACUUUCGCAGAGAUUGGACAGAGUAAGAAAUCAUGCACUGGAGAGCAGCGAAGGCGAUAUAAACGAGGAAGAUGAAGAGUCAGCUAACGGCGAAAGUACCGAUGAUCGAACGCCCAGAAUAGUGAAUCCUAACGCCGCUGUGGGCCCUGCAGAGCUCACGCUAAUUAAUACGCUAUCCGAAAAGAUUCAGCGAGGACUAAAGGGCAAAAUGGGUAAGGCCGAAGGUGAGGAAAAGGGCAAGAAGGACGGUCCCACGACGUUUCACGAGCAAUACGGCAAACCCAUUGGAGUUAUAGGGCACGGUGCUUACGGAGUGGUCAAGAUAUGUGCAAGACCUGUGACAGCGAAGGAUGUGUCGCCGCUACCAACUUAUACCAAUGGCAAGAGACUAUUUUUUGCCGUAAAAGAGUUGAGGCCCAAAGCUACCGAUCAGAUAGAGAAGUUCAGUACAAGAAUCACAUCCGAGUUCAUUAUUGGGCAUUCCUUGAGCAGAUGCCACAAGAGAGGCGAUAAACUAGCGCCUAACAUUUUAAAGGUGCUUGAUCUUUUGGAGACUCAAAACUGCUUUGCAGAAGUAAUGGAAUUUUGCCCCUCCGGGGACUUGUACAAUCUUCUGACGAGAAAGUCAAAGAAUGGCAGCGCAUUACAUCCCCUGGAGGCGGACUGUUUUAUGAAGCAAUUGCUCCAUGGUGUUCACUUCAUGCACAGUCGCGGCGUUGCGCAUUGCGAUCUAAAACCUGAGAAUAUCUUAUUUCAUCCGAACGGACUGCUGAAAAUAUGUGAUUUUGGAACCAGCUCUGUGUUUCAGACCGCCUGGGAGAAACAGGUUCAUUUCCAAUCUGGGACGAUGGGCUCGGAACCUUACGUUGCGCCCGAGGAAUUCAUUCACGGCAGUGAAUAUGAUCCUCGGUUAGCUGAUUGUUGGAGCUGCGGUAUUGUCUACUGUACUAUGGUCCUCGGCAAUUACCUGUGGAAAGUGGCAGUACGAAGCAAAGAUGCGCUCUACGAUUCUUUCUGCACUGAAAUGGCGGAGCGUAAAGAGUUCUACGUCCUUGAAGAGAUGAGACAUGUCAACAAUGAGCUAAAUCGUCUGAGAAGAAUAGCGCUAUAUCAAAUUUUCCAAGUGGAUCCAAUAAAGAGAGUCACCAUCGCUGAUCUUCUACAAACCGCUUGGAUGAGGCGCACCAGAUGCUGCGUUUUGUACAAAUCUUGCGAUAGAGAGAAAUGA